CUGUACAAACUGAGGUAACUGGGUACCUGCGAUCGAACACGACUGAUAUUGCGCGAAAUAAUAUGAUUUGAUGCAACAACUUAUCGACAUUCUAAAGCAUAAAAAUUCAGGAUUACUCGAAAGGGAGUCCAUACUAAUCCAUUUAGCGCCAUACGUUCAAAAGCGGAAAGCAUGGACAUCAUUCGAUCAGUGUUUACAUUCGCUAUGCCCCUGCAGGAUUGGCUUAGUUCUUUCGGAUUUGCUAAUACAGUUGGUGAAUCUAUUAGCUACUUAAGAAACUUGGAAACAUCCAUUGUGGCCUUCAAUGUUGAUGUCCGAGACAAGCUUGUUGCAGCAUCUUCUCCACCUUCAGAGACAAAAGAGCUCAUUCUGCGAGUGAUUGAGAAAAUGCUUCGCCAAGGAGAAACAAAUGUCUUAACACUGGGGUUUGGGAUGAUGUCAGAUGACCCAGAUGCCCAGGUCUCCUGUUUUACAAAUAUAGAGUACAGACAUCCGAACUCCAGUGUCAACUUGCUGCAUCAGGGGGUCUGGAAGAGGCUCCACCAGUGUAUAGGGGAUGCCAUGAUGAGAGCAUUGCUAGAAGAAACAGCUGUCUUUCUUUUGUGCAGCAGGACAUGUUAUAUUCAAGUAACAGGCGUUCCUAUUUAUAAAAAAAUAAAAUCAACAAGUGGAGUUUUAGUGAAUCGAGUGAGGAAAAGAAGCAGUCUGUGUGCUGCAAAAGUUUCAAGAAAUGGAAAACGAGAAGGGCAUAUAAAGAAAUCAAAGAAGCAAAAAACUACACAUCACAAAUCCCACUGUAGCAGUAAUAGUAGAACAGAAUGGAAGCAGCACAGGAAAAGGAAGGUGACUGAAUACCAUAACCUUCCACAUCCAAAGAGAGCUAGGUUGCAAGUACAUAAAGAUUUCAAUCUUUCAACAUCAAAGGGAGCUAAAGAGCAAGACCAAUCUCCAUUUAACCCUUACAAAUUUCAUUUGUACAUGACACAGUCAUAUCUCUACUCAACAGAUCACAGAGAAAAACUGCCAACAUCUCAUCCUUUAUCAAACUCUGAUUCAUGCUUGUUUGACGAGGUUUGUGCAGUGAAUGUUACAGACAAUCCUAAAGAGUGUCUCCCUGCUGAUGCUUCUGAACAGACAACCCCUGUAUUUAUAGACAUUGGUCACCUUCAGUCUCUCGAAGAACUUCUUCAAACCGUGCAUGAAAAUCACAAGAGCUUUAGAUAUUUAGCAUUUCUUAAUACUUGCUGUCCAGUGGUUUCAACAAAGAAGAAGUUCCCAUGGAAAAUGAGUAGAAGAUACGGAAACACACCCACCCAUGUUCUACUGCAAGACUUUGUACCUCCACAGAAAGUGUAUGUCUAUUUGAGGAAGGUCUUCAUCACAGUUAUUCCAGAAAAGCUCCUUGGAUGUAGAAACAACAGGAACUGUUUCUUGAAAUCUGUUAAGAAAUUGGUAUAUUUGGGGAGAUAUGAGAAAAUGUGCCUGGGCGAUAUCAUGAAGGGAAUAAAGACGAAGACAAUUCCAUGGGUGACUAACAUUUUUCCGCAUUGCUUGAAGCUCCAUCUUCUGGCUAAAUUGAUUUACUGGUUGAUGAAUAAUUUCAUCGUGUCUCUUAUUAAAGCCUUCUUCUACGUGACGGAAACGGGAGUGUACAGAAAUCAACUCUUCUUCUACAGAAAGAAAGUAUGGUCUAAGUUACGUGUGAAUGGAAUUAGAGAUUUGAGGAGAAGAGGGGUAUUAACCAGCAUUAAAAAGACUGAGGUGUUAGCAGCUUUACAGAGUGGAGACAGCCUAGGAGAAGCAACUAUCAGGUUUCUACCAAAAUUGAGGUCCCUUCGUCCAAUUGCAAACUUGGGUAGACAACCUCCUGCGAUUGCAAAAUCUACCUUGCCAAUUAACAAGCAGUUGCUGAAUGUAUUGACUGUCUUGUCGUAUCUUACGUCAUGUGAUCAGUCCCAUAUAGGAACAGCUAAAUUUGGUAAUGAUGACAUCUUCAUCAGUUGGAGACGAUUUGCUUUGAAUUGGAAAAAUCAUUUAGAAAGGAAACCUCUGUAUUUUGUGAAAACAGACAUCAGAAGUUGUUUUGAUGGAAUUCUACAAGAAAAGCUUUUGGACAUCCUACAAAAUUUGCUAUCAAAGGCACCGGACGAGGAUGUCAUCACCAGAAAGUUUGUUUCUCACCAUGUGUCAGGUGGUAGAGUGGUAUGCAAGUUCAAGAAGAUUGCCUCAGGAUUUGGGGAAUACAUUCCAGACUUUGAAAAAUUUAUCAAGAAAUUCAUAGAAGACAACAAGCUUAGCAAUAUGGUGUUUGUUAAUCAGAUGAUUAACCAACAGAUGCAUUUAGAAGAGGUCUUUGAAAAGUUGAAAUGUCAUGUGCUGAGCAAUCUAAUCAAGAUUGGGGGACAAUAUUACAAGCAGACAUUAGGGAUAAGCCAGGGUUCUGUGCUGUCCACUUUAUUGUGUAAUAUUUACUAUGGACAAAUGGAGGAGAGGUUUAUGCCAAAACAAGCAGAUGAAAUCAUGAUGAGGAUGGUGGAUGAUUCAAUUUUUGUCACACCUUAUCGAGAAAGGGCAGAGAUGUUCCUAAGCAAAAUGAUACAGGGAAACUCAGAGUACAAUUUCUCCAUAAAUACAGACAAGAUCCUUGUCAACUUUGAUUGUGAGCAUGAAUUACUUGGGAGGAUGAAAAGAAAUGUUGGAGAAUGGUUUCCCUGGUGUGGUUUGCUUUUCAAUACAAAGACACUGGAAGUUGGCAAUGACCUGCUGCGGUACCAGGGCGUCAGGAUGAGACAUACUCUGACAGUGGACGUUUCCAUGACUCCAGGGCUAACAAUGAGGAAGAAGUUGCUGAUGUCCCUCCGCCCAAAAUGCCAUGCAGUUUUUCUUGAUACCAAGCUGAACUCUCUAGAGGUGGUGGUAUCUAACAGUUACAGACUUGUGCUGUUAACUGCCCUGAAGUUCCACUGCUAUGCAUCUUGUCUUCCAGAAAAUCAAAGAGUCCAGGACAAUCCACAGUUCUUCCAUUCCAUCAUCCAUGACAUUGGCACAUAUUUCUAUUCUCAAGCUGCUGUACAGUGUAAAAGAAAGUUUGGAGCCAGUUUUGUAUUUGAUGUUCCAAAAGAAGUAAUGGAAUGGUUAUCCUGGUAUGCAUUUCUUACGAAAUUGAAAUGUCACCCAUCAAGCUACGAGAAGUUAAUUCAGAUGAUUAAACAGUCUCUGAAGUGUGUGGAAAAGAUCCUUCAUAGAAAGGAUGAAGGUGCUCCUGUUGCUCUCAGAAGAUUGUGUGGACGAGAAAUACCUGUCGAGUUGGAGAGAUGUUAAGGACUGGAUCAUAUUCAAAACUAGCUUGUACAGACUUCAUUAUCCUGAAAUGCAUCGUUUUAAAGAAAUACUCAAUUGCAUAUCUAUCCUUAUUCUUGCAUUCUAACCCAAAAGUGGAUCAUCUAUAAAAAUUCAACUCAGUAACAUGAUGAUAUUGAAAACCCAAAAAUAUACCGAAUAAAUUUUCAUGAAAUUGAUA